AUGUCAAAUAAUGAGGAAGAUAGAGUGGUUCGAGCAAAGAAGGUCACAAAGCAUGAGAGUACGAUCGUAUUGUUGGAUGUGGGAGUGAAUAUGACAAGGAAGGGUAGCAGUCAUCAAGAUGAUACAGAUGAACGUAGCGAUUUUGAGAAGGCAAAGGAGGCAUUGGACUGGAUUUUGACUAGAAAGAUUUUCGCGAAAUCACCAGAUGAGUUCACGAUAAUUCUAUUCGGAAGCGAUAAAACACGAUUGUGCACUAAUUGUGCGAAUGAAGAUGGAACAACGAAUAUUUUCUUUUGUGAAGAUGAAAUGCAAACUGCAAAAAUGGAUUGGUUGAAGUUGAUUGAUAAGGAGUUGAAGACAAGUGAUAGUGUCAAGGGUGAUUUUGUGAGCGCAUUGAUAGUCGCCAUUGACUAUAUGCGAUUGUGCAUGGAACAGGCGAAAGAGGGAGAAAUGACGGCUAGAAAUAUAUUGUUGUUGAGUAAUUUGAUGGGAUUGGAUGAUGCGAGUGAUAGUGAUAACGCUGACAAAGAGGCGAUUAUCAACUCGAUACGAGCUCUGGAUAUCAACUUCAAUGUGAUUGGACCAUCAAUAUGUAGCGACGGAGGGCCGUCGCGUGAUAACAAUGUGAAAAUGGAGGAAAGUGAACAUGAGGCAAUGGAUGUUGGUGAUAUGAAGUCGGAUGUUGCUGAGAGUCUGAUGGAAGAUAUUGCGAACAAAGUAGACGGCGUGAUUUAUUCAUUCUCUGAAGCGCUACCAAUGUUGCAAAAUUUCGUGCCAAGGCGAGUGAACAUCCGUGCACAGAGAUUCUUUUUGGAGUUGAGUGAGGAUAUGAAAUUGCCACUGCAAUUGUACAAAAAGAAUCAAGCACCGGAUAUGAAGAUGAAUUUCGCGAAAAUUGAUAAAGCAACCGGUGUGGAGGUGAAACGUGAAACAGUUUAUGAAAGGCCUAUAGACAGUAGCAGUAAUAACGAUGCAGCGGCAUCCGAAGCAAAUUCAGAGGGUACUCAAGGAGGUGUGCUUCGAAAAGAGGAUGUCAUCAAGGAAGAGUGUGUUGCGUUGGUGCGAUACGUCUAUAAUGCGGCCUCAUAUCCACGAAUUAUGGCGUUGUUUCCGAGGACCAGUAAAAAAGGAGUGGAUAUGUUCGUCGCUAUACUCCUACCGUUCUACGAGGAUUUUCGAGGUUUGGAAUUCCCAUCGCUAGACACUGAGGCGAAUAAACCAAACGCUGACCAACUCAAAUCAAUGGAAGCGUUUGUGGAUGCAAUGGAUCUGAUGCAGUCCUAUUAUGAUCCGGAAAGUGGGCAAUUUGUCGAGGAUUUACGGCCACGAGAUGUGCCAAAUCCGAAGAUGCAACGAGUUUGUGAGGCGAUCAAGCAUCGAGCGCUGAACCCUAACGAAGAGCUACCGGAUUUCGAUAGUCCAAUCAUCGAGCAGCGUCUUCAACCCAAACCAAGUCUACUAGAAGCGGCUGAGUGA